ACCGUUUCUUGCCAAUUAAAUUCAUUAUUAUUAGUGUUAAAAAAAAAAACUGAAAUUUGCAUUUCUACUAAUAUUAUGCAACUUGUUUUUGUCUACGCAAAUAUUGCUGUGGUUAUUUGCACAAUACAAUAGACAAAAACAAGCGGACAGAUGAUAAAAAUGAUAUUGCAUUCGUCGUUAUAAGCUAGAGCGAGAGAGUACAAUUGGAAAACCGUACGGAAUCAAAGAAAUAAUAAAUAAAGAACAAAAUCACGAAGAAAGAGGAAAGAUUGAAGAGAAGAAUAAAUUUGAGAUUCAAAAGAAAAUAUAAAUUUUUAGUGUGAUUACAUGAAAGUGAGUGAAGAAAUCCGCAACAAACUUAUCGUGAAAAUACUAAUAAUCAAAAUAUACAACUAACUGCAUAAGAUAAAUAAACGGAAAUAAAGGCGCAUAAGUACACACAUAUAAUAUAUGCAAGAAUCUCAAGAACGAAACAAAGGAGGUGCAACUAUAGUCUUCGAUUCUCUUAGAGUAGCGACGUCGUAUUGUUUCCUGUUUAAUAAUUAAUUCUCCGAGAUCGAAAAUAAGCAUAUGGGUUAAUACAGAAACAUCUAGUUACAAAAGAAUAUUUUUAUUAAAGGCAAACAAAGAAAUAAAAAAAUACAACACGUACAUAUAUAUAUAAAAAUCAGCGCAAAACGUAAUAAACUGUGGAGAAUACAAAAAUUUCAGAGGAAAGAGACAAUUUCAAUAUAGCAACCUCUGCCAGCGUGUGACUAGUGGUGAAACAACAAUAGUUGCGUAUGUCAUAAUAUGCUAAAUAAAGUUGACUGUAACAAAAACAACAGCAAAACAUAAUAGAAGUAAAAAAAAAAUUAUAACAACGAAAACAAAACGCUAUAAACACAAAACUAGAAGUGUAGAUACAUACAUAUAUUAAAGACAAGUGACAUUGUCGACGUAGGUGGAGUAGUAUUGCAACGUUAACGUCGCUAUGGAUCGUUUCGAUUUGGAGGAUGUGGUUGCACCGCCAACACACACUGCCGAUGCGCCACUCAAAGAUUGGCGUCUCAAGUAUCAAGCUGGUACAAUUAAAAAUGGUGAUUUCACGGAAUUUUUUCAAAAACAAUCAAGGAAAUAUUUUCAUUUCCGAUAUGAAAGAGAGCAAGAUGCUACCAGACCCAGCUGGGCAGAUGUACUUUCUGCAUUUAGAAACUAUCAAACUAGGCUUGAUGGCUCGCGGCCUCGUGGCGCCUUAAAAAUCACGUUCAACGAGGCUGGCGCCAAGGAGCACAUCAUAAAUGUUCUUAUGGAGUUCGUGCUGGGCGAUAAUCCCAAAAUAGUGCUCGACAAACUGCAACAGGAGGGCAAUACCGCCACGGUGUGUGGCAAAGUAUUCAAGAAUGGCGAACCCACAUAUAGUUGCCGCGAAUGCGGCAUGGAUCCCACUUGUGUGUUGUGCGUAAAUUGUUUUAAACAGUCGGCGCAUCGUUAUCACAAGUACAAAAUGUCCACUUCGGGUGGCGGCGGCUGCUGUGAUUGUGGUGAUGAGGAGGCAUGGAAAAAGGACCAUUAUUGCGAGGAACAUUUGCGCGGUAAGGAGAAUCCCAUCAGUAGUACAAUCAUCACCGACGUCAUACAGGAGCGUUGCGAAUUGGCCUUCAAUGCGAUUCUUACAUUUUGCGUGAAUUUCCUCGAAAUCGAGUCGAAUGCGAGUCUCGAGUGCUUGGACGGCGACUCCGACGAUGGGCAGGAGGAGUGCUUUUGCACCGUACUCUACAAUGACGAGUCACACACCUUCGAUCAGGUCAUACAGACCCUGACGAAAAUCGCCAAAUGUCGGCAGAAGGACGCUAUGGAUAUUGUGGCGAGUAUCGAUCGUGAGGGUCGUGCUGUUGUUAAAUGUGAUAGCUUUAGUGAGUGCCAGCAACUGCAGGAGGCCAUUGAAAAACAAGCGGUCACCGCUGUACCACCAUUACAGAAUUCACGUGCCAAUCAAUCGUUACGUGUUUCUGUGCUGAAUAUACGCGCUGUGGCUUGUCAGCAAUUCGCGCUGCAAUUGCUCACAUGGUUUCAGGAGUUUCUCAUCAAACACAGCAUUUUCCGCCAGAUAUUUGCACGUCUCAUAAUGGAUCGCAAGGCACCCUACUGCAUACGACACAUACUCGAGUAUGAUGUGAAGUUGUGGAAGACUGCACGUGCCUGCUGGCAUCGGCUGCUCAUUUCCGGCAUGCUGAUGGAGUACGACAACAAAAUGGCAUUGGCGCAGGAAUUCUCCAAACAUUAUGCAUCCAUAGUGCAGGAUUUCAUACGUGACGAUCACGAGCACUCGUGCUCUAUCGUUUCGCUGAGUGUGCAGUUAUUUACGGUGCCGAGUAUAGCGCAUUACCUCAUGGCUAACGAGGGUAUCUUUCACAAAUUGCUGCACACAUUCUAUCAUGCAGCCAUUGAGACUUUCAUAAAGAAUAAAACACUACAAUUCUCAAAGAACAUUAAUGCACCGUUCAAACGCGCCGCAUACAUACUCUACGAUCUGCGCUAUAUACUCAGCUUUAAACCCGAUGUGUGGACGGAUGCAUUGCGUGAGGGUUUUCUGGAGGGUUGCAAAGCAUUGCUCAAGUUGCUGAACGUCAUGCAGGGUAUGGAGUCGACGACACGUCAAACCGGCCAACACAUGGACUACGAACCCGAAUGGGAAUGCGCUUUCAAUUUGCACAUAAAAUUGGCAACCGCCAUCACUUUAGUGCUGGAAUGGUGUGCCACCGAUGCGGCUGUAUUGACUAAGCUUUAUCAAAUGGUAAUGCGUUAUCUCUGUACAAACACUUUUAUUGUUGAUACCGUAACGAAGAGAGAAGAGCGCCAUGUGGCCGGUCAUGUAGCCGAAUGUAUAGUAUACGAUGUGGCUUCACGACCCGUCUCCAUACAUUUGCCAUUGUCACGUUUCUUUGCCGGCAUAUACUUGCACUUGGGCUCAUUCGGUUUGACCUUCGACAAUGCCGUUGUUGGCAACAAACGUACGCCCGAGGAGAUUAUGGAACCAAUAUUAUGCACACAAACGAUGAUUGCGCAGGUGCACGCGGGCAUGUGGCGUCGUAACGGCUACUCGCUGCUCCAUCAGCUGUACUUCUAUCGUAUUGUGCGCUGUCGUACCGAAAUGUUGGAUCGUGACAUUGUCGGCUUACAAAUUGGUGCCGCGCUUAUCGAGAGCAAUCAAUAUCUGAUACAUAUAUUAAAUAAAUUCAAUUUAAUCAAAUGGAUACAACCGGAUUAUGAGAAGAACUCAACGGCACAAGCGGUAGAGGACGAUUUCCUCCUAUCAAUGGUUGAAGAAUUCUUAGAACUACUAAUUGUGAUCAUUGGCGAACGUCAUGUACCCGGUAUAUCUCAUUUAACGGAGGAGGAUCGCACCAAAAAGGAAAUAAUACAAUUGCUCUGUAUCAAACCAUAUUCACACUCUGAGUUGAAUCGUGCUUUGCCCGAUGCGCUCAAUGACACAGCCGUAGAGGAUGUUAUCGAUUCGGUGGCAGUAUUCAAGAAACCACAAAAGUCAGACGCUAGGGGUGUUUACCAGCUCAAAGACGAACUGUAUGAGGAUUAUAAUAUGUAUUUCUAUCAUUACACCAAGGAGGAAAAAUCCAAAUCGGAGGAGACACAACGGCUGCGACGCAAGUCUAAAAACGAACUCGUUUGUUGUCCACCACCCAAGCUGCCCAAGUUGACCGAUGGAUUUGUCUCUAUUGCUAAUCUGUUGCAAUGCGACGUGAUGAUGACGAUAUUAACAACCGUGUUGGAUCGUGCUAUCGAUAUAACUUCGAAUAGCUUUGCGGAAAAUCAUUUACAGGAAGUACUCUUUCUAAUCGGUUAUGGUCUGCAAGAGGAGCAGUCGGGCUAUUAUCCGUUUCUCUCAUUCUACGAACAGUCACAAAAAUAUAAUAUGCUAACUAAGUUAGAAGAACUUUCGCGCAGUUCUCGUGUUGAGGCACAUCGCGAUUUCAUACUCUGGACAAUACAGAAAUUCAAGGAAUUACAGGCCAAAGAUAAAGCCAACAUAGCGGAAGAUUUGAGCGCAAUGUUGGCCGAAGGUGAAGCCGUUGAGAUAUCACGUCCACUCACCGCUGCCGAAAAGGAGAAGCAAGAGAAGGAGGAACGUGCUCGCCUGGCUGCUGAACGGCGCGCUAAAAUCAUGGCACAAAUGCAGAAUGCGCAAAAUAAUUUCAUGAAAUCGAAUGCGGAAAUGUUUGCCAGCGCCAAUGUACAAGCGACCGGUAGUCGUGAUACAACCACAGCAAUGGAAUGGCAAGAAGAUGUUUCGAAUGCGGACGAAGAAGGCGCUGUGGCAUACAAUUCGCAGGCUUGUUUGGGUGUGGAGCGACGUUUGCAACAGCCCGAAGAGCAGAGCUUCAAAUGUAUACUGUGUUUUGAGGAUUGCACCGUCAGUAAGGAUGGACCGACGCUCGUGUAUUCGGCAUUCGUGCAGAAAUCGAAAGUGUUGCCACCCGAUGGCAAAAAUGCAUGCUCAGUGCAUACGAGCAGUUGUGGCCAUGUGAUGCACAUUAAUUGCUGGCAAGAAUACUAUACUAACGAAGAGACGAAGGAGCAACGAAGACCACAUCGCAAUCGGCAACCAUUUCCGCCAGCAUCACAGAACACUGAAUUUCAGUGUCCAUAUUGUCGUUGUCUGAGUAACUCAGUGUUGCCGCUGAGUGCACCACUAUCGAAGUACUCAAUGCCAUUGGUUAUACACAAGGGUGAGGACUUGUUCCCCAUAGACAUGUGGAUUGAGGUGAUGAAGACCUUGGGUGAUGAACUCGUUUUACCGCCAAUUGAGGGCAAUUUCGAUCGUGUACUGCCACCGGCUGACACAAUAUUGUCACGCGCUAAUCUGUAUGCCAAUAUCGCACAGUUCGAGCGCAUCGCACAACCCAUUGAUAAGUUAGAGCUACCGGCCAGCUGGAUUACAUUUGCUCAACGUUAUAUAAAAUCGGUGCGUCAACAUGCACCAACCGAUUUUGAUGAGUCUGAGAAGGAGGGAUUCUUGUGGCUGUUACACACAUGUAUCUAUACAGUACGUGUGCUGGAAGUGCACCAUCGUGCAGUGGCUAAGCCGUUUAAGAGCGAGAUGUCCAUACGACAAAAGAGUUGCAUAAGCGGGCUGGUACGUUCGUCAUGUCUGUAUGGCACCAAUUUGACACACACCGACAUAACAAAUUUGAAGCCCACUGUGGCCGAGUUGUUGGACACAGUCUUCAAGCAGAAGGGUAGCUGUGUAUUGGAAUGGCGACCUUUCAGCAUGAUGGUGCAAAUGAUAUGUUUGGUGCCCAAUAUACUUUUCUCCUCUUCGCACAAAUCUGUUGUGGUCAACGGCAGCAUGCUGGACUUCUAUGCGGUACAGUUAUUCUUUCUAGCCAAUAUGGUGAAGGCAAUUGUGCUCUUCCAGCCACCAAACAUGGAUGUCGAUGAAGAUGAAGACUAUGAACAGGAAAUCAAACAGUUACCACAAAAAAUACGCGACAACAUAGCGGAAUUUUAUCGUAAAUAUAAUUUUGUUGCACGCCAACAGGCGUACGCCCAGUCACAGUCACAAUCACAACAUGCGCCAGCAAAACCCGAGGAGGCAUUACCACAAGAAACACAGUCAAUAGAUGCAGAGAAUCCCGAUAUCGAAGUCACGAUGAAUGAGUAUAGUGCCGAUAGUGAAUUUAAGGCACCGUGCGAUUUGGCCACCAUCGCCGCACUGUAUGCGCACAUCAAACAGCAAAUGAGCGAAUAUCUACGUUGUUGUUGUUUGUUCUUCCACUUUGUGACCGAAGUGGAGUUCCCCGACGAAUUCCGCACCGAAUAUAGCGAUACAUAUGAGAAUAUGUGUAAAUAUUUAGGCUUGGAAACGGGGCUGGCGGCCUAUUUCGACAGCGCCGGCUGCUAUGCAUCCAUAUUAGAGACAUUUGCCACACAUCCCGAUUUGGUAUACUGUGAUGUGACAACGCAGAAGAAACGCUGCGGCCGUAACUUUGAUGUGGUGCCCUGUACACAAGCCGUGCCAAAAUUAGUGGAUCUACCGGAUGAUUUUAGCGAUCUUAUAAACAGUGUUUCGGACUUCAUUUGUCCGAAUAAUAAGCGCGAAGAGAUGAAAACACCGACGAUGUGCUUGAUAUGCGGCAAAAUUUUUUGUGCUCAAUCAUUCUGCUGUCAACCGGAGCUGGAGGGCCGUAAUGUGGGCGCUUGCACUUAUCAUGCCAAUUCUUGCGCUGCGGAGAUUUGCGUAUUUCUACGUAUACGCGAUUGUCAAAUUGUUUAUUUGGGUCGCAACAAGGGUUGCUUUGUCUAUCCACCAUACCUUGACCAAUACGGUGAGACUGAUCAGGGCCUGAGACGUGGCAAUCCGUUGCGGUUAUGUCCGUUGCGUUACAGCAAAAUACAAUUGAAUUGGCUGAGUCACACGUUGCACGAGGAGAUCGCACGACUCAAUGAUAAUACGUCCGUUGUGGCCACACAGUGGCAUCACAUGUAGUCUUUGCGGUGGUCGCGGCCAACACAAAAGUUGACGGAGCAAUGAUGCGCGACACUGGAGGUGACGUGUAAACAAGUUGGCGACUAACAACAUAUAUAUAUGUGAUUUAUGUGUGCGCUAAAAGGAAUCAACCUUAUCGGGAAUAUUUUAGCGUGACUUCUUUUGUCUAGUACUAAUUUUAGAAAUAGAGGGAAGAAACCAUUGGAAUUUCAUUCCCGUUACGGUUGUAUAGGUUUGCCUUUUCGUUAUGUAAAGAUAAUAUUUUUUUAUUUUAUUUAAUUUAUUAUAAACUAAUUAUAAUAAAUGCAGCUGGGAGCUGAAGUGUCUGUUAGCCAAAAAAUAUAAAUACCCCACGGGGGCAGUUUAGUUGGUAGUGAAUAAGAUAAAAUCGCAACGCUUUUCGAGUAACACAACGUAUACAUACAUACAAUACAUACAUACAA